CAUCUUCUUCUUCUUUUCCUCUUUUUCUGUAAUACAUUUAGUUUUUAGGUUAAUGAUCUCCUUUUCCCCGUUGAGAAUUGAUUUCCGUUUGCUCGUAUAAUAAACUUUGAAAGGGAAAAAAACGGUGUUCUUGUUUCCGUAGGUGUUGAAGUUAGGUAUUGAUUUUUCAUUGAUUGAAGGAGAAGAUGUGGGCAGCUACUUGCCUUGCAUCAUGCUGCGCGUCGUGUGCAUGUGAUGCAUGCCGUACAGUGGUAUCUGGGAUCAGCCGGCGGUCUGCAAGGAUUGCUUACUGUGGGCUCUUCGCGCUCUCUCUGGUUGUUUCAUGGAUUCUUCGUGAGGUUGCUGCUCCUCUUAUGGAAAAGCUCCCUUGGAUUAAUCAUUUUCACAAGACACCUAAUAGGGAAUGGUUUGAAACAGAUGCUGUGCUGCGGGUUAGCUUAGGAAAUUUUAUCUUUUUCACCACUCUGUCUGUUUUGAUGAUGGGUGUAAAAAAUCAGAGGGAUCCACGUGAUUCUUUGCACCAUGGUGGAUGGAUGGUGAAAAUUAUUUGCUGGUGUCUUUUGGUAAUUUUCAUGUUUUUCCUUCCAAAUGAGAUUAUCAGCUUCUAUGAGUCAGUAUCAAAGUUUGGCUCGGGACUGUUUCUUCUUGUUCAAGUAGUGCUUCUGUUGGACUUCGUUCAUGGAUGGAAUGACAAAUGGGUUGGAUAUGAUGAGCAGUUCUGGUACAUUGCCCUAUUUGUUGUUUCUCUUGUUUGUUAUGUGGCAACAUUUGCCUUCUCGGGACUUCUAUUCCACUGGUUCACACCGUCAGGACAGGAUUGUGGACUCAACACCUUCUUUAUUGUCAUGACCCUAAUUCUUGCCUUUGUAUUUGCCAUAGUUGCACUUCAUCCUGCAGUAGGUGGUAGCAUAUUGCCAGCUUCAGUUAUAUCUUUGUACUGCAUGUACCUCUGCUACAGUGGACUAGCAAGUGAACCAAGGGACUACCAGUGCAAUGGUCUUCACAAGCAUUCUAAGGCCGUUUCAACAGGAACCAUGAGCAUUGGCCUGCUGACAACUGUUCUCUCAGUUGUGUACUCUGCUGUUCGUGCUGGGUCUUCUACGACCCUUCUUUCUCCUCCAAGUUCUCCCCGUGCAGGUUCUGAUAAACCUCUGCUUCCGUUGGAUGGGAAGAAAGAGGAAGAGAAGACAAAGCCAGUAACAUAUUCUUAUUCCUUCUUCCAUAUCAUAUUUUGUCUUGCAAGUAUGUAUUCUGCCAUGCUUCUAACUGGGUGGUCGACCUCAGUUGGGGGAAGUGGGAAGUUGGUUGAUGUUGGUUGGCCAUCUGUUUGGGUUCGGAUUGUAACUGGCUGGGCAACUGCAGCUCUCUAUACCUGGUCCUUGGUUGCUCCUGUUCUCUUUCCAGAUAGGGACUUCUGAAUCUCAAGUCUGUAUGUAUUUAUCACCCUCUCCAUGAGUGAUGUACUUCUGUGACCUCACUCUUAAGUUUGAAUAUGUUGCUUAUAUACCAAGGCAAUAAUGUGUUCUGCACUUUUUAUGACCUUUGUUGACCCUUGUGUCUAUUUGUGUUUUAUCUUUUCUUUAUUUUAUGGGUCCUUACUGCUAUUUGUGCUGUAGAAGUGUUGUAAAAUACCCAGUUAUAUAAGCUUUAAAAGUGGUAUUUGGUGAAUUGGCUUGGAAAAA